AUGCGGGGCAAACCACAACCACUGCCACGCCAAGAAGAGGACACGGAAGUAUCUGCUCAGCUGGGUAGCUCGGGCAACGUGCAGCAACCGGGCGGCGAUCUUGAAGCGUUUGUCCACGAAGGCAAGGUGCUCGCGAGCCUGAAGACGAGGCCGACGACACCCGUCCUGGCGAACGACGGAGGGGGUGGCUUCUGGCUGGCCACGGUGGCCGCUGGGGCUGGUGCCCCGGCCGGGCUGCCUCCGCACGGAACCCAUCAUCCAGCCAUGGAUCCGACAUGUGGGUCCGCGGAGACCGGGUUCAUCAACAGCCAGCCGUCGAUGGCCGAGUUCAUGACCGCUUUGCCGCAACUGGCCGGCGACGGUAGCCUUCAGCAUUCCCCUGGUACCGGGGGUUCCAUCAGUCCAGGCUCCCAUCAUCCUAGUUACCAUGCGAUGAUGGACCCCCAUGGGGUCGCGGAUCCAUCCGUGAACGUGCCCGAGUACCCGUGGAUGAAAGAGAAGAAGACCACGCGGAAGAGCAACCAGCAAGAGAAUGGUCUGCCGAGGAGGCUACGAACGGCCUACACGAACACUCAGCUCCUGGAAUUGGAGAAAGAGUUCCACUUCAACAAAUACCUCUGCCGACCGCGAAGAAUAGAGAUCGCCGCGUCGCUGGACCUCACGGAAAGGCAGGUGAAGGUAUGGUUCCAAAACCGUCGUAUGAAGCACAAACGGCAAACGUUGAGCAAAGAGGACGGCGACGAGAAGGACGGUUCGACGUCCGACGGGAUGGAGAAGUCGAAGGGCGACAAGCUGCUGGCGAUCGACGGCGACGAGAAGAAGAGCUGCCACAACUGUGAUAUAUCCGGCGUGAGCGAUGUAGGCAGCACGUUAUCCGGCGACGUAACGGAGCUCAGUUCGUCCGGUCGUCGAAGCAGCAGCAGCAACAACAACAACAACAACACGCCUAGCGUGACGAACAACAACAACAACAGCAAUCCAGGAUUCAACGCAAACAGUAACGGAGCGAGCAGCGUCGGAAGCACGAACAGCGUGUCCAGUUCGUUCGAGAAGAUGAUAGCGGACGACGAUUCGAGGUCCCAAGACGGCAGCGAGGUGACGUCCCCAAGUGUCGGUUCGAAAAAAUUAUCCAGUGACGUCAGAGUAAAAGUGGAAAGUGGACACAAGAGUCCCAAUCCUGGGAAACAGAUCUCUGUUAGCAAAAAAUCACCGUCGGCCACCACCAAGGAGCUCUGCUCGGUGAACAGCAACGGUGUCCUAUUGGCUAUGCCCGAUUCCACCGUUGGUACACCUGUUCUACCUGGCCAGAACUCCGCAAGAAGCCUAACGCCGUCUUCGACGCCUGGCACCCCCGUGUCCGUGCAAUUGCAACAAGGCAGUCCACUAGGAAUCCAAGCUACCCACGCAGCCUACAUGCAAAGACCCAGGAGCUCUCCGUCCUCAACGAGCUCAGUAGCGCCACCUAUGAUGCACGGAUCUACAAACGCCGGAACCAUGUCCCCCCACGGCGCCAGAAACAUCCCAAACAACCAACAAACGCACUUCCAACAGCAGAGUGUCUACCAUUCGACGUCGACCGUUGACUACAGAAACGGCGUGCCCAAUAGACAGCCGGUCCCAACAGCCGCUCCACAGACCCAAUCCCAGAACAAUUAUUGCUCCCGUGAUACCUAUCAACAGCCCAGGAUUUCGUAUCCAGGCGAGGUCCACCCGUUGUACGCGAGACAGAACCAGGUACUCGGUUCCAGAGUUAGCCACCACGUUCGUGGUACAACCAGCAGUACAACCAGGACGAUGUACAACGCGAACAUGCAGUUCCAUCAGCAACAGACGCAGUACGGUAACACCAGUGGCGAGUACAACGGCUACCCUCAAGCUGGCCCACCUUAUCACGCCUCGUAUCAUCGGGGCAUGCAAGGUAGCAACGCCUACGGGCCCAGCCAAGGGUACUCUCAGCACGAUCAGACCGCUGAGAGCUACAUGACAUCGGGCAACUACGGUUACCCUGUCAGCGGGAACUACCACGGGACCAGCGAGAACCUAACCUCCCAUGGACACGCGGCAGUCUCCGUGCAGAGUGGGCAGCAUUAUUACAACGACAUCCAGCAACAACAACAGCACCAACAGCAACCCACAGCGGAAGGUUACGUGGCCCAUCAGCCCCCUAUGCAUCCCAGUUCUGGUGAUUAUAGAACAGGUAACAAGUGUCACCCGAACGCCUACUACGAGCCGACCAGUCAGCUACACGUCCAUCAGGGCGGCGAAGCGUCCAACAUUCCCAACAGCUACGUCUCGUCGCCCGACCCGUUCCCAGCGCCUGGAAUGACGACAACCGCGACGGCCAUAGCCGCCGCAACCGCAGCAGUGAUCACCCCUCCAGGUAGCACGGGCCAGGCAGAGGGUAAUGGAGAUUCGUACGGGAAUUAUGGGAAUUUUUACAACGACCCAGUCCACGCAUCUGCCCCGCCCCCGUCAGCAGACAACAGCAACAGCUCGUCGGACUUCAAUUUCCUCACGAAUCUGGCCAACGACUUCGCCCCAGAGUACUAUCAGCUCAGCUGA